GAAAGAAAAACUGGUGGUUAUAGUAACACGGAUGUGUACAACGAGUAGCCAGAUGGGCAUUUUCCUUCAUUAAUAAUGGAUGGUUCAGAACUAAGAACAAAUACUUAUCUUAUUAGACCAAAUUACCAGCACAAGUUCAGGGUGGGAGUGGUGGAAAAGUGUAUCCGAGAGAUCCAGAGAGAGCAGCUCUCUGGGGUACAAUAUGUCUCAGAGGAAAUUCCCUCGUUGUCGCUCUCUUUGGCAAACAGUAUUAAAAAUCGGCUGAAAGAGCUUGGCUUUAACAGAUACAAGCUGGUUGUGCAGGUGGUUAUUGGAGAACAACGUGGAGAGGGAAUGAAGGAAACAAAGUAUUUGUUCCUUCCUUGUAGGAUGGCAGCUCGCUGUUUUUGGGAUGCAGACACGGACAGUUAUGCCAAGGACAUAUACGUGAAUGACAGUUUAUUCUGUGUGGCUGCUGCAUUUGGAAUUUAUUACUAUUGAAAGUCCAGAGGAAGUGCCAGUGUCUGGCCUCAGGCAAGCAACUGCUUUACAAAGCUUUAACUAGUUUACCUUUGGAUUUUGACAUGUAGGACAUUUUUCUGUAAGGAAUUACUAGAGAGUUAUUUCAAUAUUCAUCUUGGAAUAUGACCGCAACAAGCAUAUGAACAGUAAAUUGCAUUUAUAUUGUUAGAAUCUGUUAAAUAUUCAAUUAAAACAUAGGCGUUAUAGUCCUGGUAAUUUUUCUGUUUAUUAAAAUGCACAUUUUUUUAUUAAAGUUUAUUAAAGUGAACAUUAAAAUGUCAA